AGUAAAAUAAAUUAGCGCGCUCUCUUAUAGGGUUUCUUCACCACUCGACGAACAAAAACUAAGUAGAAAACCUAAUGGAUCAGAACAAAUCGAAUCAGGAGGCGAAGGCGAAGGAAGCUGAAACGGCAAAGAUCGGUCUUCCAGAACUUAACCGGCUAACUGAAGAUUCGUCUUGUUCCGUGGAAGAUGAAUCUAACUGGGAAAAGGAGGCGGCGAUAGCUUCUUUGUCCGAAGCUGCCAAAAAGAUGGUUCCCUCACGUUUUGCGGCUUUCGUCGACAAAGUAAAGGGUGUGCCGGAGCUUGACUUAUUGAGGUUUAACUAUUACCUUGUGGAUGAAUUUUCCCAAGUAUCGUCAUUACCAUGGUUUAACAUGUUAAAGAAAUCUCCUUUGUCCGAUGUUCCAUUAUCUCAUAUUCCUAAGUCUGUCUACGAAACAGCAGCAGUUUGGAUCAACCAACUUCCAUUUGAGACACAGUGGAAGUUCGUUUCGUGGGCACUUAAUCGACUUCUCAUUGAUUGGGAAGCACAUGCCACAGGCCAAGAACAAACUUUUUCCAAAUCUCAGGUGGCGACGUUGGUUGAAUUAGCCAUGGUGUUGCGUGCGAGACCUGGUUCUUUGACUUGUCAUUUGCUGAUGCUCAGGGGGAGACCUAAAUAUCAUAGCCAAGACAAUCUUCCGCUUAUCCUUUGGAUGAUGACUCAGGCCUUCCAAGAUGAUCUACCUGCUGCCUUGUAUUCCUGGGCGCUUAACUUGCUCCCACUUGUCUUUAAUAACAAUUGCAGCUCUCACUCAAUUGAUCUCAUCCUGCAGUUUGCUGAGAUGAUGUUGUCCUCGAAUCCAGAGGCUCGAGCUGUACUCCUAAACGAACCUGUUAGGCAUGGACAGCGGCUGAUUCCACCUAGUUCGUUUGAGAUGUUGGUGCGCCUUACAUUCCCUGCUCCAUCCGCUAGAGUAGCCUCAACAGAGAGGUUUCAGGCAAUUUAUCCCUUGUUGAAGGAAGUAGCCCUUGCCCCAGAUACUAUUACUUGUGCAGACGCACUCAAACAGAUAUUCACCUUUUCCUUGAAAUUAGCAGCUGCUGGUGGACAAGAAGGAAAUCCUGCUCUAGCCAAUGAAGCUACGGCAAUCGCCAUCAGUGUUUUGACACAAAACGUUGCUUGCUUUAAGCAAUGGGAUGUUCUCUACAAGGAGAAUCUUGAAGCUAGCGUAGCUCUUCUUAGAAAACUUGUAGACGAAUGGGAGGAUCAUUCCCUCAUCAAACUAUCAUCAUCACCGACUGAUGCUCUCACUGUCAUUCGAGCAAUGAAUAGCUUCAGGACGAAGAACAAAAAAGCCCUAGGUGUAGACAGAAGACUCGGAUUAGCACCCUCCUUUACCACUAUGGUUACAGCAUCUGAAGAAUUGUCUUUGUCCGUGAAAGAUGAAUCUGACUGGGAAGAAACUGAAAAGGCAAUAGUGUCUUUGUCCGAAGCUGCCAAAAAGAUAGAUCCCUCACCUCUUGCGACUUUCCUCGACGAAGUAUUGAACGAGGAUUGGUAUCACCCGGAGAGGCAGAUAUUAAAAUUAAUCGAUUACUAUGGGAUUGAACUUUCCAAAGUAUCCUUUCAAUGGGUCAACAUGUUCGAGGAGUAUCCUUUAUCCAAGCUCAUUCAUGUUCCGUUGUCUCUUAUUCCUAUGCCUGUCAUCGAAAAAACACUCGAUUUCAUCAACAUACUUCCACUCGAUACACUACUUGGCGUUGUACUGUGGGCCUCUGAUCUCAUUCUCACUGAAUGGCCUGGAGUUGUCAAAGUUGAACAACUUAAUUCUGACAAAUCUAAGGUGGCAACAUUUGUUGUGUUAGCCAUGGUGUUGCGUACUAAACCUGAUGCUUUGACUCUCGUUUUGCAAGAGCUGAGGGAGGGACCUACAUGUCAGGGCCAGGACAAGUUCCGGCUUCUAAUUUGGAUGAUGUCUCAGACCUCCCAAGGUGAUUUACCUGCUGGCUUGUAUUCGUGGGUGCGUAACUUGCUGCCACCACUAGUCGCUAAUUACGAGUGCUACAGCUCUCAGUCAAUUGAUCUCAUCCUGCAACCUGUUGAGAUGAUGUUGUCCUCGAAUCCAGAGGCUCGAGCUGUACUCCUAAACGAACCUGUUAGGCAUGGAGAGCGGCUGAUUCCACCUAGUUCGUUUGAGAUGUUGGUGCGGCUUACAUUCCCUGCUCCAUCCGCUAGAGUAGCCUCAACAGAGAGGUUUGAGGCAAUUUAUCCCUUGUUGAAGGAAGUAGCCCUUGAACCAGAUACUAUUACUUGUGCAGACGCACUGAAACAGAUAUUCACUUUUUCCUUGAAAUUGGCUGGUGGACAAGAAGGAAAUCCUGCUCUAGCCAAUGAAGCUACAGCAAUCGCCAUCAGUGUUUUGACACAAAACGUUGAUUGCUUUAAGCAAUGGGAUGUUCUCUACAAGGAGAAUCUUGAAGCUAGCGUAGCUCUUCUUGGAAAACUUGUAGACGAAUGGGAGGAUCAUUCCCUCAAACUAUCAUCACAUACUCUCACUGUCAGGCAUGCUAUGAACAGAUUCAGGAGGAAGAACAAAAAAGCCAUCACUGAUAGAGUAGCCAAUCUUUCUCUUUACAAAGAAGCUGACCAGUCGUGCAAACUGAUCUCCACGAGACUCUCACUUGGCCCCGGAAUAGCAUCCUUUGCCUCUAUGGUUAUAGAAGCUUCAGAAGCCGCUGCACGAGCCGCACUUGUUAAUUCCCUUAUUUGAAGCUAUUAUGUUUUUUUUUUUAACAAGUAUGUGAUGAUCUAGUAAAGGUUAUUAAAUAUUGAUCAUUAUUUAACAAGCAUUGGAUGA